CUCCUUCCUUCCUGCAGCUUCGGCCCUUCUCAGCUGAAAAAGGAAGAUGAGAAGCCGCCGCUGCAGCCCCGAACAGAACCGACCCUGAACCGAACCGGACCUCCAGAGGAAUGUCGGCGGAGCGGCUGCUGUCGGAGCGCAGGCCGAGCCCAGCUGCCGAACCCCGGCCCUGAACGCGACGCGACCAGCCUGGAGCAGCGGGCGGGUGGAGCUGCAGCCCCGCCGGGCCGGACCGAACCGAACCGAACCGAGCCGAGGAGAGUUCCUGUCAUCCACCGUCCUGCCUGCCGGCGAUGCAGAGAAACCCGCGGGACUAAAGAGUGGACCGCAUCUGAAACCAGAACCGAACUGAAGCCCGCAUUCAGGUGGCGGCAUGGAGCGCUCCGGCAGCAUCCAGCUGGACAUCCCUGACUUCAGCAACUCCGUCCUGUCUCACCUGAACCAGCUGCGCGUCCAGGGCCGCCUGUGCGACAUCGUGGUCAACGUCCAGGGCCAGAGCUUCCGCGCGCACAAGGUGGUCCUCGCCGCCAGCUCGCCGUACUUCCGCGACCACAUGUCGCUGAGCCAGAUGAGCACCGUGUCGCUGACGGUCAUCCGCAACCCGUCCGUGUUCGAGCAGCUGCUGACCUUCUGCUACACGGGCCGCCUCUGCCUGCAGCUGGCUGACAUCAUCAGCUACCUGACCGCCGCCAGCUUCCUGCAGAUGCAGCACAUCAUCGACCGCUGCACCCAGAUCCUGGAGGGCAUCCACCUGAAGAUCAGCCUGGCCGACGUGGACGAGGCGACGCGUGACGACGACGACGGCGCGCCGCCGCGGGCGGCCCGGCCCGGCAGGACCGUGGAGGCCAUGGUGCGCGGCGGCGGCGGCCAUCACGGCGGGCUGAGGCUGCUGGGCGCCAGGGGCGGCACGGAGGCGUGUGAGGUCAUCAGCCCGGCGGAGGAGCCACUCAGCCCGCCGCCGACUGUGGAGCACAGCGGGCUGGCGGGACCCGGCGCCACCAGCAGCAGAACCAGCAAGGAGCCCAUUCUCCGCAUUAACCGGGCCGGCCAGUGGUACAUGGAGACGGGCAGCGAGCCGGAGAGGACCGACAGCGCCGAGGAGGGCGGCGGCGGCGUGGACCGCAUCAGGAUCAAAACGGAGCGCAUGGAGGACUGGAUCGGAGCCGGAGGGAACCAGGAGGAGGCGGCGGCCGCAGAGGAGGGCGGAGCCACGGUGAUGAUCGACACGUCGGGCCGCAGCACGCUGAUGACGGCGCCGCUGGGCGGGCUGGGAACCCGCAGCGGACAGGCGUCCUCCAGCUUCAGCGAAACGGACCGGUUCAGUCCCACCGGCAGCGUGGUCGUCCUCACCGAGCGCCAGAGAGCGAAGAGCGAGUCUCCGAGUCGAGCCGACGAACUGCGGCAGCCGAGCUCUCAGGGCGAGGAGCACGCGGCGUUCGACAUGGGCGGCUACGAGGAUUACCUGAGGGAGCAGGUGGGCGACCGCUGGUUCCGCUACAACCCGCGGCUCACCUGCAUCUACUGCUGCAAGUCCUUCAACCAGAAGGGAAGCCUGGACCGCCACAUGCGGCUGCACAUGGGCAUCACGCCGUUCGUCUGCCGCAUCUGUGGGAAGAAGUACACCCGCAAGGACCAGCUGGAGUACCACAUCCGCAAGCACACCGGCAACAAGCCCUUCCACUGCCACGUCUGCGGGAAGAGCUUCCCCUUCCAGGCCAUCCUCAACCAACACUUCCGCAAGAACCACCCGGGCUGCGCGCCGCAGGAGGCCCACAGCGCCUCGCCCGAGACCACCACCGCCUCCGUCCCGUCCCGCGGCGGCGGCCCGAGCGACGAGGCCUCGCCCAGCCAGGAGGAACCCGAGGCCGGCGGCGGCAGCAACAGCGGCCAUUACGCAGACGGCCCUCAGACCUCGGUUUCCACCACGGGGCCCGACUGACCCGGGCGGAAACGAGGCGAACGCCGCCGGUCCCGUCUGAAGGCAACGCACACCUCAGAGUCCGAAAUGAGAUUCUUACCGCUUUAAACCGCAUCUACCUUCACUAACCAGACAGAACAGAUUAAGCUAAAGAUGAAGAAUCGCCACACACUCCUACAACCUCACACACACACAACGCUCAGCGGCGCCGCCGUCAACUUUAUUUUGCAGGUUUCUACUUUCUGGAUAUCCGGGUUCACAACGCAGCAUCACAAGUAGCGGUGCACCGAUUACCAAUUACGACCGGUUCUGAUUUUUACGACUGAAUUUUGCUAAAUAUUGCAGAGUUAGCACCAGUGGGUCAAACCUCUCGCACAUCGGAGUAGAAGAGGACAGAAGUUGAUUUUUAGACCUUUUUGGAGGAAAUCGGGCCGAUUUAUCGGUGCACCUCUAAUCCCGACCGUCUGGGGAAACUGGGGGAGAAGGAGGGCUUUGCCAAGAUACUCAGUGCCAGUUUUACGGUUCAAAUCCUUUUUAUUUGCCUUGAGACAAUCCGGAGCAGUCAGGUUAAUAAUAAUAAUAAUCAUUGCGCUCUAAGUGCCACAGCGAUGACGGUUUCAUCUCAGCGCCACUGGAGUUUCUGACGUUGUCACAUUUCAUUUUUUACACUACAAACAAAAAAACUGCAGCUCUAACUUCUCAGUCCUGAAAACAUUUUGCUCCGUUUACAGUUUUAUCCAUUUCGUUUUGUUGCUUACAGGAUGGUGGCUUCAAAUAUCCCAGUUUAGAUUAUUUUGACUUUCGGAUUUACUGUUUAAAUCUUCAUCAUUGAUAAUCAAUAUUUGUGAUGAAAAGAAAUCUUUCAGGUCUAUUGAUGCUGAAUUUGUGGGUUUAAAUGCUACAUCAGUGACAAUAAGACAGAAAAACUAGGGAUACCCGACAUCAGCAGCCGCCGAUAUUUUAUCCGAUAAGUGAAACUGAGGCGAUAUAAAGACACGAUGUUUAUUUCCAUCUUGUUGCUGCUUGGUUCUUGAGGGAGUUAGCUAUGCUAACAAAAGGCUAGUUACGCUAAACCAAAAGCGCUAUAAUAUAUUUAGAAUAUAUAUUAUGUUUAUAUCUUUUCCUGUCCAUCUUAUUAUGUUUCUUUAUGUAUCUUGCUACAAGUUAUUGAGGGAGUGAAGGAAGUGAAACAGUUGCAUAAAUUAUCUUAAUCCACUUCAAAAUAAAAGCAUGAAGCUAAACAUCAAAGUAUUUCAUAAUAAAAACUAAAAGUUCUCAAAACAACCAAUAAAAUUGGCGCUUUAAAAUGGAUCCAGAAUUAUUCAUUUAGGCAAAGCUAAGUGGGCUAAACUACUGAAAGUUAGCUAAAAAGCUAAGCUAAGGAUUCUUAGCGGUUCUUAGCGAGUUAGCGGACGUUAGCAUUUGAGAAAAUGUAUAAUACCGGUUAUUGGCUAAACUAAUUCAAUAUCAACCAAAAUUUAUGAACAAAAACAUCAGUUUCUCUUCUGAAAGAUAUAUUAUUUUAAAAUUACAAUAGCUAUUGUUUAUAAUUAUCAUUAAAGAAUAAUUGUACUAAAUAAAUAAUAUAUUAGUAACUAUAAUUCAAAUGUGCAAAAAGUCUGUAAAAUUGCCGUCGAGCAGAAUAAAAGCAUCUCUGGAAAAAAAACUGAGUUAUCUUAGCGAUCAUACAAACAAAAGGGAGUUAGCUUUUGUUUGUAUGUAGAGUUUUUUUAUGUAGUUUUUUCUUUUAGGUCUAUUAAUUAGUUGCUGGGCAGAAAUCAGAGCAGAGGGAUCCGAACUCUGGACCGUCAGCUUCUGAUCGACAUGAUUUUUAUGAUUUCUAUAUAUAAUAUGAUUAUAUUGUGUGAUAUUUGAAGCCAUCAGCCGCAGAGAAACUCCAGUCGCUGGUUUAUUAGUUCAAUUGGCUGUGAAAUAUUUAACCGGAUCAUGUUGAUGUUUGCUAACUGUGGCGGUGAAACCUUCCAAGUUUGUCAUAGAUUCAGACUGAACCACGGAGCAGCGGGACAGUAGGACAGAAACAGUCUCAGAUAAGCUACACAGCUCGAUAAUUACCUCUCAUCACUACGCAAUACGGCUGCUGCUCACUCAGCACCACCACCGGGGGGCGCUCUGGUCCGACAGACUUCAGAUCGAUUUUAUAAACAGGUCUUUGUUUCUCUAUCAUUACUGUUCACCUCUGUACUUCUGACAGUUUAUUAUUUAGAGGAGGAAAUGAUCAGAAAUCUAUCAAUUAAUGACGCAUUAAAUCUUCUGCACUCAACCUAAAAUAUCACUGACUGUGUAAGUUAAUUUUACCAUAACAAUUAAUUAAAACGGCUUAUUUAAUAAUACUGUUAUAAAUCAACAAGCUAUCUAUUACGCAUAAGUUGGCCAUAUAUUUAAAGUAGUUUUCUAAAUUGAUCCAUUUUACAAAAUACAACUUAUCUGGGCCUAAAAAAGAAAGAAUUUAGUCCUGAAAAUCCAGUUGGAUUAAAAAAAAAAUCAAAUUUUUAUCACAAAUUGUCUCAAUAAAAGCAAUUAAUGAGUAUUAAACAGCUUAAUUUGAUCAGUAAACUGUAGAAUGAUUUCAAUCCAACAUUAUUCUGUUUCCUGGCCAACUUCUUUAGAACAAGUUAGUGGAAUAAAAAUAUUAAAAAUAACUUAAAAUCAGUUUUGGGGAAUUAUGUAAGAUAUUAAUUGGAGUGUUAAAAGUCUGUGACUCAAAAAAACACUUUACAUUUUGUAUUUUGCUGGUUCAAAGAGCUUCUCUGUUUUGUUGAGCUUCUGUUGCUAAUUUAGCUAACAUAGUUAGCUCGAGCUAAUAUAAUUAGCUGAUGCUAUUUUUGCCUUCAAAAUGUAACUAUUUGUGGAUAUUUCACUUGCAACCAAGAAAAAUGAAACGUAUCAGAAAAAAACCCCAAAAUGAACAAGAAAAACAAACAAGUUUAAAGGAGAGCAAAGAAACUGGAAGCUAGCCGUUACCUCGCUACGUCAGCUAGCCAGCGCUAGGAAAAACAGUGGAAAACGACUCAUUGUUGAACGUUUAUAAGCCCGAUUUUAAAUAGAUUUCAGACAUAACUCCAGUCAAAGCUUGGAAGCAGGAUUAUUGUUUUCAGGUGAAGCUCAGCCAACCUGAGUGAUUUUUUAGCUGAUGCUAAUUAAACGUGGUUUUAUCCACAGUGCAUUAGACGUACUGCGUCAUUAACGGCUGAAGAUCUGAGAGUAAAACGAAUAGACAGAGCUCUACCAGGUCAGACCAGAUGGAUGUAAAAACCCGGACGUUUUAAACCUCCAGACGUUGCAUGUCAGAGCAACUGGCAACCAAAGGACAGCGGCCAUUUUGGUUCUCCGAAACACCCAAACUUCCGCACUUAACGGCAACUAAGAGUCGUGGUAGAAAAAGUUUUUUUAAAAACAGAACAAUAACAAAUCUACAGAUAUUAUCAGACAGAUGUAUUUAAACUACUAAGAUGUUUUUGUUUUUUGCUUCUAAAUGUAAAUGAGUUUAAUCGCUGCGUGUGGGAGGUAGCACAUGGAUCCGCUGUUACUGUUUUCUACAGAACUGUGAAUCUGAUUCUCAGUGGACAGUAAAAAACGUUUUUUAUGCAAGUGAAGCCAGCGGCUCCGUCCUCACACUGAGCGACUCGAGAUUUUCCUCUCGGAUCUCACAACCAGAGCCGCCGCCGCCACGCUCACAUUCAGGCCUAACCAGGAUCUAUCAGGUAUAAAGACUUCCUACUUUAGUCUCUCAAAUGGACGUUUUCUGUUGGUGUUUUCCCUUUGUAGCAGAGCAUUAACGGUUAAACCUCAGUGCAGUUUGCACACCGCAGAAAUAAAAUAUUCAUGUACACAAUAGCAGCAGGUAAAAAAUAUCAAAUAGUACUUUUGUGAGGAACAACUGGAUUACAGAAAAUACAAAAACAGGGCUGGGCAAUAUGAGCAAAUAUACUGAAACCACAGGACCUCUGGAGGUGUACUGCAGCCACAGUUAAUACAGACUUUAAUGGAAAUUUAGUGAUUUUAAUAGAUUUCGACUUUGUGUUUUUUACAAAUGAAGACACUUUAUUGUGUAAUAUUGCUACCAUUACAAUUUCAGUGACCAGUUGGAGCUGGAUGUGUCAUUUAAAAGAGAUUUUGUAAAUGAAACUGAGCAUUUUUAUACAUUAAAUCCAACAGUUCAUUCAUCUUUAUGAUGUGCAUCAAAGAAAGUGCUUCUAAUCUCUGUAAAAAAGCACAAUCUGAUUAACUGCUUCUGGUUUUUACUUUUCCUUUCCUCCAAGCAUCAUAAAAAACAAACAUGAAUCUAAUCUGGUCACAUUUGGAGGAAACUUCAUAUUCAGAAGCCGCCAAAAUGCUUAUGACUAGCUAACAUUAUUGUCCAAAAUUAGACUUAAGCAAAGUGAAAUUUACCAAAAUUCUAUUUCAAAGGUGUUUUGUUCCUUUGUAAAAUUUGAAAAUAUGGCAACAAUUAGCAUAACGUAUUAAGGUAACUGCAAAUCUAAAAGCUUCAGAUUUUUAAUACUUUGAAGCCAAUUCAAGCCAAUCAGUGAGCCAGUCUAAUUUCUGAUUAGUGGUAAAACCUUUCUAGAUAUUUGUUCAAGGCAAAGCAGAUGAUAGUAAUAAGAAAUCUAAAAUAUAUAUAUAUAUAUACAUUUGCCUUGGUAAGUUUUAGACUCUUAUAGUUACCUUUUUGUGUAAAAUAUAGAUUUUAAAUAUACAAUUACCUUGCUUUAAAAAAAGAAACAAAUGCAGAUGCUAUAAGACAAACCAGAACCGGCCUGAACCGGUCAGAACCGGUUCCGACCGGCUGCUGAUUUUCAUGUUGUAUUCUUAGACUGAUCUCAUGAUUUAAAACUUGAAACUGCAACACAAAUGGAUUAUUAAAUUAUAUAUACAUAUGUAAAAAAUAAAGAUGUACAAAUAUUUAUUAAUCAUAACUAGUUAUUAAAACUAUGAAAAGAAAAAGGAAUAAAAUAAUGCUACAGUAAGUUCAAGCCUUUCUUUGUAAGAUUUAGUUUUUUUUGUAAUAUUUUCAAUCCUUCAAUUAAACCCUCCCGUGUUAUAAGUAUCAUUAAUAUAAUAUCCCUGUAACCAAAUACCUCAUUUACUUGUCAUCCAAAUGGUUGAGAUGCUAACCCAUUGUUAGCUUGUUAGCUUCUAGCGAACUAAAGAUGAUGGAUGUGAAGACUUUAAAUUUGGAGAAAUGUUUAUUUAAAGCUUUAUUAGUUGUUGAUUUCCUGUAAAAUGAAGUUGUAUUAAUUGUGGCUCAGACAUCUUGUGUUUUUAAAUUAUAUUUUAAAAUACCAUAUAUAGAAAGUAAAUGUUGCCCAGCGAGCAACACAAAGACGUUAAUCCAGUUUGACUUCCUGAAACUUCAGGAACAAACGUUUAAGUUUAGGAUUUGUUUUCACAUAAAGUCUUGACUUAUUUUAAAGGUGCAGUUUUAAAAAAUGCCACGAUAAGCCUUUUAAUUUUUCCGUUUUAGUUGUUUUUGGUUUGGCUGAGGUCUCUUCAUUUAUCCACACGUCGUUUUAAGCCAGUUAGUCGGAAGCGAACCAGAUUGGUUCUGGUUCUGUUAAAGGAAUCCGGAGGGAAAAGUCGGAUCCACGUUUUCGUUUUUUGCUGUGAAUUUUUUUCUUCUCUUCAUUUUUAUCAUUUCCUACCAAAAUAAAUCCCAAACAAACGACUGGUAAAUUUUAAUGAGUCAUUGCGAAGUGACGAUCUUCCUGCCUCCGAUCUUCGUAAAAUCCGACGUUUCCCUCUGAGUUUUGUUUUUUACUCUCUAAAUAUUUUCAUAUUCAAACUGUGAAAAACAGCCAAACCUCAUCAGCCACAUCAUCACCCGGACUCCAUCUUGUUUUUUUUUGGUAACUCUGCUUUUCUACAACAUGCCAAACUUUGUUUUCUUGUUUCUUUAGCUCAAGUCUGAAACUACUUGCUUUUUAAUAUUUUUUACUGUGUGAAUUUAAUGUUUAGUAUAAAUAAUAUACAGUAACUUUGACCACAAUAUGCCUAAUUAUAAAUCAAAUCAUUUAAACAUAAUCACUUAAUGAGAUUACUCCUUACUGUUGAUUCCUCAAAGUAUAUCCUAAUAUAUUGAAGCAGAAAAUGAAAUUUAGUGAAUGAACUUUUAAUAUUGUACUUUUUGUUUGUUUUUAAGGAGGUACCUGACGAGCUCUUAAUAGAUGAACCUGAAAGGUUUUAUGUGAAGCUCUUAUGUUGCAUGUGUCUAUUGCUAAAUCAUGUUGGAAAUAGGGGUGGGAGGGGGGUUGUGUGUGAAGGCCAAAGGUCGAUUAGUUUAAGUAAAAAAAAAAAAAUGUGAAGAAGCUUCUUUCACGAUGACCACUAGAUCACUCACAGGUUGUUUCUCCUCCAGAGGAAAUAAAGCACUUUAAGUGUAAAGCUG